AUGGCCAACUAUGGCUACCAAUCCCCACCGACAGGCAGCCAACAACCCUCAUACGCGGCCCAGAACAACCUGAACUUCUACCAAUCCUCAUACUCUGCCCAACCCGUUUCUGGUCAAAGCACACCAUUCCAGGCAUUUGGCAACCCCGGACAGGCACAAGCGUAUGGACAGCCUGGUAGCUAUGGAGGAGGAGCCGCGAACUACGGCUUUGGCGCAUUCCCGGCUGCUCCGGGUGCGUCUGGUCAGAUGGGCACAGGUCAGGGCGGCUUAAGAACGGGAUGGCUGGCUGCUUUUGGGACAGAGGGAUAUGAUGGGGAGCCACCAUUGUUGGAAGAGCUGGGCGUCAACUUUCACCAUAUUCAAACAAAGACACUCACAGUCCUGAACCCGUUGGGACGAAUCGACCAGCACAUCAUGGACGAUGCAGAUCUAGCGGGCCCUUUGCUCUUCUGCGGUCUGUUCGGGACGUUCUUGCUACUUACGGGGAAACUAUGGUUUGGCUACGUCUGCGGUCUUGCCGCCCUCGGUGCCAUCAGCUUGAACUUCGUCUUCAGCAUGAUGUCUCCACCACUUUCCCAGGACGAGAUGAAUGCCGCACAGAGCUCCCACAGCAACUACCAUGGCUCAUCAAAUCUCUCGUCAACAUUGACGCUCGGCCGAUCAAGCUCUGUCCUGGGUUACUGUUUGCUUCCGCUAGUGUUUGCCAGCUUUGCGGRUGUUGUCUUGCCCUUGGACUCAUUUGUCGGAUACUGCCUGGUUAGCUUGGCUAUUGCAUGGUGCACCUACUCCAGCUCUGCCAUGUUCUGCGUUGUCGGGAGGAUGACCAACAUGCGUGGUCUGGUUGCAUACCCGCUUGCACUGUUCUAUUUCGGGUUUGGCAUCAUGGCGGUCUUCUCGAGCCGCGGGACUGGCAGAAUCGAUGCUAUGACUGCGAAGGCUGCUGCGGCGGCUGCUGCGGCCGCAGCAUGA